ACACAAUGAACAAAAUUCAAGUCGCCCUUAAUUCCCAAACCUUAAACCUUAGGCUAGCCUCAACUUAAACCUUAAACCGAGACUGCAGUUUAAUCAAACCAAGAUCAAGAAUGUCUCAGUCAAUUACGAACUAAUAGAUCACCCUUGGAAAACAGAGCUAACCUCUAUCUAUUCUUUGGUAACACACUGGCAACACCCCAGGUUCCAUGCUUACUUUCCAUCGGGCAAUUCUUACCCUUCAAUACUUGGAGAUAUGCUGUCAGAUAUCAUUGGCUGCAUUGGUUUCUCAUGGGCUGCCAGUCCGGCUUGUACUGAAUUGGAGACAAUUGUUCUGGAUUGGCUAGGUAAAGCUAUAGGACUACCCAACGAAUUUCUAGCGUUUUCUGAGGGAAGCAAAGGGGGUGGCGUGAUACAGACAUCAGCCAGCGAGUGCGUGCUAGUUACCAUGUUGGCCGCUAGAGCACAGGCAAUCAAGCGCCUCAAACAGCAGCACCCGUUCGUGGAGGAAGGAAUACUCCUCUCCAAGCUGAUGGCCUACUGCAGCAAGGAGGCUCACAGCUGUGUCGAAAAAGCAGCCAUGAUAUGUUUUGUCAAACUGCGAAUCUUGGAACCGGAUGAUCGCUGUGCAUUGAGGGGAACCACUCUCAGACAGGCAAUGGAAGAGGACGAAGCUAUGGGUCUUAUCCCUUUCUUUGUCUCCACUACCCUGGGAACCACAUCCUGCUGUUCCUUCGACAACCUACAGGAGAUCGGACCUGUCUGCUCCAAAUUCCCUGCAGUAUGGCUCCACGUGGACGCGGCCUAUGCUGGCAAUGCAUUCAUCUGCCCGGAACUGAAGCCUCUGCUGGCCGGCAUCCACUGGGCCGACUCUUUCAACACCAAUCUCAACAAAUGGAUGCUGGUCAACUUUGACUGCUCCACCAUGUGGGUGCGAGACAGGAUCAGGCUCACUUCGGCACUGGUGGUGGACCCCCUCUACCUUCAACACGGCUACAGCAAUUCGACCAUCGACUACCGCCACUGGGGCGUUCCGCUGAGUCGGCGCUUUCGCUCGCUCAAGAUCUGGUUUGUGAUGCGAAGCUACGGCAUUAGUGGACUGCAGGCGUAUGUCAGGCACCACUGCAAUCUGGCCAAACAGUUCGAGCAACUGGUCAGAAAAGACGCGAGGUUUGAGGUGUGCAACGAGGUUAAGCUGGGCCUGGUCUGUUUCCGCCUGAGAGGCACCGACAAACUCAACGAGAAAUUGCUGAGUAACAUCAACGGUUCCGGGAAGAUACACAUGGUGCCAGCAUCGGUACACGACAAAUACGUCAUCCGGUUCUGCGCGACAGCCCAGAACGCAACUAGUUAUGAUGUCGAACAUGCUUGGGAAGUGAUAACUGAGUUUGCAUCAGAGCUGCUUCAGUCACUCAACAUUGAAAAAGAACAAGAAAACAGCGAUGAAGUAUUCGAACUAGAACGCAAACGCAGAGAGAACCUGCUGGCCUACAAACGGUCCUUCUUUGUCCGCAUGGUGAGCGACCCCAAGAUCUACAACCCCAAAAUAGCAAAGACUCUGCCCGGCCCCAGGAGGCACGGAAGCCAGCACAGGGGUGGCAGCUGCCCCGGGGGAGGUGGUGUGAGUCAGGAUGGCGUCGACGAGGAGGAGGAGGAAGAGGAUGAGGAGGAGGGCGAGAACGGAAGUGGGGUCACCGUGCAUACGCCACUUGCCUCUUGGAUCAGCUGGCCACUAGCUUUCCUCUUUCAAAACGACGACACUGGAGCUAGCAAGGUACCAGUCAGAUUCCGACACCUAGACACAAUGGUCCGCCUGAACACGCGUCGCGAGAGCGGCAGUCCGAGUCACUCAAGGUCAUCGGCGUCACCUUCGCUCUCGCCUGAAGGUCAACAGGACAACAACAGCUGUUUGUCCUCCAAAUCAGCUGACAACGACGGCUCAAGGUCACCGCGAAGGUCGACCACGCCCCAGCCACAGCGCAAGGAGUAGAACGAUCGCUGAUUGGCCGAGGCUUGAUGGGUUGGAAGAAUGGAGGCUUGUGAUUGGCUAGAGAGAUGAGAUGCAGUAGUGUAUGAUUGGUUGGUUGUGGAGAUGUGAUAAGGGGUAAGAUCAUAGUGAAAAUAUAAAUUGGAGGGGUAAGAUCAUAGAGGAAAUAUAGCAUAGGAAGAUAUCCCAUGGUUUGUAGAAUUCUUUCAAAGUUUG